AUGGGGUUCAUUGCUGAGGCGUCAGAGAGCAUCCUAGAUAGGCUCUGCGUGAGGCUUAGGGCCCUGGAGGACUUCUUGGAGUUACUCCAGCACCCAUCAUGCAAGGUGGUGCUGGGGAUUGCCCUCCUUCUUGGAGGUGGAGGACUUGUGCUAUGGUCUCGGUGGAGAAAAAAGAAGGCAGGCUUAGAGGGCACAGGAGACAAGUCUCCAGAGUCCAUCCGAGCAAAUAACAGCUGGAUCAAAUCUCACUUUAGCCGACUCUCGGAAGAGAAGUUGCCCACCUACCGCUGUGUCGAUGCCGGUGCCCCCCAACCUGCAAGGCCAGGAGAGAACAGCACCACCAUCCACAAGGAGACCCUCACCUCCACACAUGGAGAAGGGGGAGUAACUCUGCACAGAGAUUCCUUUGCCAGCAAACAGAAGGUAUCUGGGGCUUCAGUGAUCAAAGAGACCCAGAGGGAGUCAGAAAAGUCCUCAUCCUUGGAGGAUGAGACAUGGGCUGCGGUGGCUGCCUGCACCAAGGAGAUCGAUGCCAAAGGGCGUCAUGUGGCUAACUGCAUUCUGCAACGCUCCUCGGCUUACCAGAAUGCAGGCCAUUUGGAAUCCAGGGACAUCACCCCAGAAGAUCUGAAGGCUCUGGAGGAGGUGGAGAUAAAGCUGAAAAGGAAUUUCCUCUCUCACCGGGAAACCACCAUUGCUGGGGCCAACCAAACACACACCGUCUACGGCCAGACCCACUCAAGCCACCAGAGUCACCAGGGUCAGCCGGGUCACCCAAGCCAUCAGAGCCAUAGCCUGCCUAACCGCAGCCACCAAAUCUAUGACUCUUGAAGCCGCUUAACCAUGCGCCCCUUCCCCCAGCAGGGCCGGCUCAUGGGCACA